AAAGAGCCGGCAAUAAUAAGCAAUCUUUUAUUCCAAUCAUCAAUAAAAUAUUAAUCCAUGUUUUUUUUAAUUCUUAAUCAAGUUUGUGUAUGUUCUCUUAAACUCUUCUCCCCCACCAUUACAUAACUAUUCAUGUUCUCUCAUCAACCUUAUGCUCCUCCAUUUUUGUGCCCCCACCUCUAGUAAAGAAACAAACUAGACUUUAUCUCCAAUUUAUACCAUCUUCUCAAUUUUCUCUAUCCAAUCUCAAAAUGCCAGCUUUUGCAUCUAUGAUCAAUCACAAUUAAUAAAUAUUAACAUCAUUUUUCUUUGUUUUGGCUCACCAGUUUUUACAAAUCAUUUUCAUUUUGAUUGAGUUUAUUUAUUGUCAAUUGUAUUUUUAUAAAAAUGCUGGCCUUUUGAUUAUUUUUAUUUACUCUUGAUUCUCAACACUCUGUAUUUGCUUGCUGAUCAAUUCACUGGUUAAUCGGACAUCAAGAGUUGACUAGUGGUUGUCAUUCAAAUGUGUAGUUAUUGGUGAGUCUCAAAGAUAGGAGCUGAGUUGUGAAGGCUGGUUUGAUACAGAUAGUAUGGAUCCACAAGAUAAUGAUUUCACCCACACUGAUGAUGAGACUACUGAUGUCGAAAACCUUGGAGACUUAGAUCAUGAGGAUGAUAAACGUUGGACAUCCAUGUCGGAGAGGAACACGUCUAUUAGGAUACCACUUUUGAGAAAGAGAACCAAUACUACUUCACAGAUUGCUGUUAUUGGGGCCAAUUCCUGCCCCAUUGAGAGCCUUGACUAUGAGAUGAUAGAAAAUGAAUUAUUCAAGCAAGAUUGGAGGUCAAGAAAAACUGUUCAAAUAUUUCAAUACGUGUUUCUAAAAUGGGGAUUGGCUCUCCUCAUUGGUCUCGGUACUGGACUUGUUGGUUUCUUCAAUAAUAUUGCAGUUGAGAAUAUCGCUGGUUUCAAAUUGCUGCUCACUAACAAUCUCAUGUUGGAGGGAAGUUACUUUAAGGCUUUUCUUGCAUUUGCUGGUUGCAACAUAGUGCUGGCUACUGCUGCUUCAGCACUUUGUGCAUUUAUUGCUCCUGCUGCUGCUGGAUCGGGUAUCCCUGAGGUCAAAGCUUAUCUCAAUGGCGUUGAUGCUCCGUCAAUAUUGGCUCCAAGAACUCUCUUUGUCAAGAUUUUUGGCUCUGUUCUUGGUGUUUCCGCGGGUUUUGUGGUUGGUAAGGAGGGACCUAUGGUGCAUACCGGUGCUUGCAUUGCCAACUUGAUUGGUCAGGGAGGCUCUCGCAAGUAUGGGUUGACCUGGACUUGGCUCAGAUAUUUCAAGAAUGAUAGAGAUCGACGAGACUUGAUCACCUGUGGUGCUGCUGCAGGAGUGGCUGCUGCUUUUCGUGCUCCAGUUGGUGGGGUCCUUUUCGCCCUUGAAGAAGCAGCUUCCUGGUGGCGGAGUGCUCUACUAUGGAGAACAUUUUUCACCACAGCUGUGGUUGCUAUAGUUUUGAGAGGCUUCUUUCAAUAUUGCGUGUCCGGGAAAUGUGGUUUGUUUGGUGAGGGUGGGUUAAUAAUGUAUGAUGUCAAUGAACACGUCGCUGGUUAUGGUGUUUAUGAUAUACUGGCAGUGAUAUUUCUUGGAGUUGUUGGAGGUGUUCUUGGAAGUUUUUACAACUUUCUUGUUGACAAGGUCCUACGCACUUACAGCUACAUCAAUGAAAAGGGUCCGUACUACAGAGUUCUUCUUGCUGUUGCCAUAUCUAUCUUGACAACCUGCUGUGCUUUUGGCCUUCCUUGGUUUACAAAGUGCACUCCCUGUCCUAAGGAUUCAACUAUCAAGUGCCCUACUCUUGGUGAGUCCGGAAAUUACAAGAGCUUUCAAUGUCCAGCUGGCGAGUAUAACGAUCUUGCAUCCCUCCUUCUCAACACAAACGAUGAUGCUAUCCGCAAUUUGUUCAGCACUACCGUCAUAAGAGAAUUUCAGAUCUCUUCACUCUUCAUAUUCUUCAUCACAAUUUAUUUCCUUGGGAUCGUCACUUAUGGGAUUGCAGUACCUGCAGGACUAUUCAUUCCUGUAAUCUUAGGCGGAAGUGUUUAUGGUCGUCUUGUGGGUAGACUCUUUCAUUCUUUGUCAGUGCUGGACACCGGUUUAUUCUCUCUUCUAGGAGCUGCCUCAUUCCUCGGGGGAACCAUGAGAAUGACGGUCUCUCUGUGCGUCAUUCUGCUUGAACUUACAAACAAUUUGUUAUUGCUCCCCCUUGUGAUGAUAGUACUCCUCAUAUCCAAAACUGUGGCAGAUUGCUUCAAUCACGGCGUCUAUGAUCAAAUAGUGAAACUCAAAGGGUUGCCAUAUUUGGAAGCUCACGCUGAGCCUUAUAUGAAGCACUUGGUUGCAGGAGAUGCCGUUUCUGGUCCAUUGAUCACAUUUUCAGGUGUUGAGAAGGUGGAGACUAUUGUACAUGCUUUGCGAACUACCGGGCAUAAUGGAUUUCCUGUAAUCGAUGAACCACCUUUCUCAGAUUCACCCGAGUUAUGUGGAGUAGUUCUAAGGUCACAUUUGCUUGUAGUGCUUAAAGCAAAGUGUUUCUCUGAGGAUAGGGAGCUUACAGGUAGAGAUAUCUUGAAGAAGUUUUCUCCCUUUGACUUUGCAAAGCCUGGGUCGGGAAAAGGACUCACAUUGGAUGAUAUAUCUGUGACCAAGGAAGAGAUGGAAAUGUAUGUUGAUCUUCACCCGAUCACUAAUGCAUCCCCAUAUACUGUGCUUGAGACGAUGUCACUAGCCAAAGCUAAAAUUCUCUUCAGGCAACUUGGACUCAGACAUAUGUGCGUCGUACCAAAGAGUCAAGGGAGACCACCAAUUGUGGGUAUUUUGACGCGUCAUGACUUCAUGCCUGAGCACAUAUUCGGACUCUAUCCCCAUGUGAAAUCACACAAGUAAAACAAGCCACAAAGAGCUAUGUGUUCCUUGAAUAUCUUAGCUUCUCGUUUGUACACGUAUUUUCCCCAAUUAUCCCCUGUUUGCUGAAGCAACCGAAGUUGCCACACUCAGAGUUAGAGUCAGAGUCAAAGUCAUCCGCCUCGACUUCGGAAUGCAUAGAGGAUACAUUGUCAUCUUAUACUACAUAUCAUGUGAAAUAGUUCAAUCAUAAUUUUCUAUUACUCUGAAGUUAGAAGAGUGGUUCAUCAUAUACAUUCCAUUUCAGAUAUUAGAUAUGAAAUGUUCUACAUACUACUGCAAUAUUAUUUUCCAGGGCAUAGAUGAUGAGUGUUUCGUCCAUUUUUUUUCGGAAUUCAGACUUGGGAACUUUUAUGAUUGUUUCUUCUUUGGAUGUACACUUGCGUACAUAUUAUAAUGUUGAAUGAAUUAUUGAUAUCUUAAUACUAUCAGUUUUAUGUUAAUAAGAUCAGUUGGGAUUA